UACAAGGAAAUAAAAGUACUUUACUUCCGACCCUACUAUCGACGAGUAACUUCUUCUCUCUCAAACAUUAUUUAACCGGAAAAGUCGUAUAAAAACAGUACCCAUGGCAGAUGAACCUGAACAACCUGUCGCAGUGGCAGAGGAGGAGGAAGUAGGUGAUGAAUUGACACCAGGAUACAAACCUCCAAAACAAAAAACACUAGAGGAAAUCACCAAACUGGAUGCAGAUGAUGAGAGCUUGGUCAAGUAUAAGCAAAGUUUACUUGCUGGUGCAGACAAAGUUUUAGAUGAAGGGGGUAAAAAUGUCAUUGUAAAGGCUUUGGUGUUUGCUCCAGAUGGACGUGAUCCCAUAUGUCUUGACCUAACAGGUGAUUUGGCUACCCUGAAAAACAAACCCUUUGUUUUGAAAGAAGGAACGUCGUACAAAAUACACAUCGAAUUCAGGGUUCAGCGUGAGAUUGUUUCUGGGCUUAGAUAUAUGCAGGUUGUUUAUAGAAAAGGAAUAAAAGUGGACAAAGCCAAGUUGAUGGUUGGAAGCUAUGGACCCAAAACUGAAGCACACGUCUACAAAACACCAGGCGAAGAAGCCCCAGCUGGCCUAAUGCAUCGAGGUACCUACGUGGUCAAAAGCAAAUUUAGUGAUGAUGAUAACAAUGCCAUUUUGGAGUGGGAAUGGAGUUUUCAAUUGAAAAAAGAUUGGGCAUAGUUUGAGAUUCGUCCCUUUGGUGUGUAUAAAAAGUUAUCUUGAUCGUGAGGACAUAAUUCUAUGUUCCCAAUAAUGCUUGAAAUAAUGGGUGACUGAGACCCGAGCUUCUCUUUUCUUUGAAAGUCAAUAUAACUGGUAUACGUAACCUUAUUUUUUGCAGUAAGUCUGGUAUAAAUCAUUCUGUUGGCCAAGUCUUCCACCUCAACAGAAUGUCUUAUUUCCUCAAAUGUUACCAUGGGUACCUAUUAAGUAGUAUCUGUAUGAAUUACACAAUAACAUUAGACUUAAUUGUAUAAAGGUGUGGGUUUCAUGACAUGGCUUUUAAAGCAACAUUUAUCCACAACAUGUUUUAUAAAUGUGUAACAAACUCUGACAUCUCAACAUUGUGCAUCAAACAAAAAUAUUCUGCUGUUUUUUAUUUUUUUUAUUUUUCAGUUGUGCCUUUAGUUUACUGAAAGAGCAAUAACAAAACAGUAGAAAAGUAGUUGUAGCAGUUUACUACCCAAAUUGCCAGUAAUAUCUGUGUGUUUUACAUUCUAUUGCAUGAUAACUACUUUCUGGUGAGUGUAUAAGAGUUGUCACAGUUACUGAUAUUUUUCAUGCAAUUUGUUAAUGUUUAUAUUUUAUAAGUAGAUGUUUAUUUUGCAGUUAUCCAAAAACUAGGCCGAUAUGUUUUUAUAGAAACAAAAUAUUUGUGAAACCAAGAUCAUAAUCUGAUGCAACUUAAAGACCAUGUGCACAUCUCAAUUAUCAACAAUAUUUCAGCAACAUGUUGGUGAUCAGUUUACCAGGUCUUCUUCAUUAUUGUUCAGUCUAUUGUGAUUAUUUAUCAGAAUGAACGGCUUUGUAAUCUUUUAUGACUAAAUCACUGUCAAUGCUCAGUCGUUAAACAUUGCUGCUGCAAUCAACAGUCAUAGCUAAAGUUACUCAAGUGACAGAAUGCCAUUAGAUGAAAGCUCAACUUAACAUGAUUGAUCCUUGCUGGAUUAGUUAUGCAACAUUUUUAUGCAACAUUAAAUAUACUGCUUAUUCAUGUGCUUGGACUGUGUACUUAAAAUGAAUAAUGUUAAUGUGAGUAAAUUUUCAUUUCUAUUAUUCUUCGAUUUUCAACACUUCUUCAGAAUCCUUUUAUUUCAAAGUAUAUCUUUGAAUUAAUAUGCCGGUACUUUACCAACUGAGCUGUCUAGCCUUACCGAAUGUUGAGUUCUUAGAUACAAAACUUUCUAAAUGCCAAUUGAAGGUUGAGUACCAUUGAGGUUAGUAUAUUAAUGGCGAGAUGACUCUAUACAUAUUGCAUGCAAUGCAGUGGAUAUAACUUUAGUGCUUUAGAAAACAUGGUAUCUUUGUUUAUAUAUGUAUGGUCCAUCACUUACUGUAGGUUGUAGGGCUACAGGAUAACAUCAUGUUUAUGACAAUGUUCAGCCAGGUUUCAAACCUUUAGGUGUUCCAUUCCAUGACUAUUUUGAUUUGAAUCAUAAAUGAUUUACUUUUUUUGUUUGAAGUGAAAUCCUCUAAAUAAUUUUGAAUUGGAGUCUGGGCCAUUGUUGCAAAUAAAUAAAACAAACCAAUGGAUACCACCAGAAGUUUGUGGAGAUCCAAUCCAAAGACCAAUCAUGUAUUGCUGUAAUUAGUAUUAUUCAGGUGUUUAUAGACUACUACAAGCAUUCCAAUUUUGUAAAAACAGAUCAUGUACAAUGCAUUUUAGUGUGGAAGUCUUUUGUAGGUGUAUGUUUAUGCUUUUUAUACUCAUAUUUGCUGGCCUAAUUUUCUUAUGCAAUUAUCUUUUUCCUGGCCAUAGAAUUGGACAACAGAUUUUCUGACCAAUGGUGAAAGAGAUCAAUUCUUGUACUAUCAGUGAAUUCAUGUUGGGGUUUUCCCCCUCUGUGUAUUCUAAAACAAUAUCUUAAUAUAGUUUUUGAUUUAUUGGUACUUUGCCUUCAUAGGAAACAUUGAAAACAGUGAAACUUAAAGGAUGAUUCAACAAGUUAUUGAAUGGUGAGGGACAUUUUAUCAUUUACAAAUAAUGUGAAGUUAAUUAACUGCUCUGCAGUAACGUUCAUAAAAAAGAGUACUGUUAAAACUGUGUAAAUGUAGCAAGAAUUGUUGGAUUGCAUUUUAUAGAUUUUGCACUGUUUGCAUUUUACAUCUCAGAGAAAAGUUAUUUGGUCUAUGGGUCAUCUCAGAACUAUAUAAUAAGAUAGUUCUAUGUAUGAUUUUAUAUCCACUUUGACAUUGGGUUCUUAUUUGCAUGUAACCAAAGUGUCUUUAUGUAAUUCUCAUGUGUCUUAAAAUCUAUGUGCCUUUUCUCCUUGAAAAGGUGGAUAUGUAAGCAGCACAGCUUAUGAGUUGGUGGCUCUGUUAGAAUUUAUUGUGAAAGUUGAAUAAAGGUGAUACUAUCUGCAUAUUCA